UGUCAUGCACCUUGACCUAUAGAUGGGGGGGUUGAGUCGUCACGUCGUCGCUUUUCGUUUGUAGCGUCCAUCUGUCAAAGCAUCGUCGGCGCGGUCAUUACUAAUAUUCACUCGAGAGUAAAAGUAACGUUUAGUGCCUUUUCUCAUUGGCUUCUUUGGGUUAUUGGAUUACAACUGGUCGCCAGAACGCACACAGCGACUAGUUUUGGGCUGACGAGUGCCACAACGCAUCACUUUAGCCAGGAUGGAGUUAAUGUUGGACACCGCUAAGAGCCAGGGUCAGACCCAGAGCCAGGGGGGUCAGACUGUCUCCCCUCCCUCAAUCUUCCCCUAUCGCUUCACCUCGGACGGGCGUCUGUGUCACCGGGCCACCCAGGAGCCCUUCAUGUUCCAGCGGAGCUGUGACCCAGACGCCGCCCAGAGAGAGGACCAGGCCUUAUGUCUCCACGUCACCCAACACGUUCACUCUUUCCUGGAGGAGCAGCUGCACCUCUUCAGGCUCUACCUCCCUCCCCUCAGCAAGGAGGUCUACCUCCCUCCUCCAUCUCUCAGCAAGGGGGUCUACCUCCCUCCUCCAUCUCUCAGCAAGGGGGUCUACCUCCCUCCUCCAUCUCUCAGCAAGGGGGUCUACCUCCCUCCUCCAUCUCUCAGCAAGGGGGUCUACCUCCCUCCUCCAUCUCUCAGCAAGGGGGUCUACCUCCCUCCUCCAUCUCUCAGCAAGGGGGUCUACCUCCCUCCUCCAUCUCUCAGCAAGGGGGUCUACCUCCCUCCUCCAUCUCUCAGCAAGGAGGUCUACCUCCUUCCUCCAGCAGAGCCUCAGGGGCAGGGGGACCACAGGGUCUACUUUAGCCCCCACCGAGGAGCCCCCAGCCAGGGCUACGUGUACCUCUCCCCUGGGGCCCUGGAGAGCCCUGCCACCCUGUUGGUGGUGGUCCAGGACCGGGGAACGAUGCCCUGCGGGCUGUGGAGCUGGAGGGCUGCUGCCAGCCGAGGUCUGGAAAGAGGCAGCAUGAUCCCCUACGUGAAGAGGGUCCUAGAAGAGGGCAGCUCUGUCCUCCUGAUGAACCCCAACCAGGGAGGAGGUGUUGGGGAGACUCCGGAGGAGCACGUUCACCGCGUCUGGGACCUCCUGGUGUCGCGCUGCGUCUCCCGGCGUGUCGUCGUGGUAGCGCACGGUUACGGAGGCCUGGCGUUCGUGGACCUGCUGUGCCGACGCCCACAACAAGUGGUGGGGCAGGUGUGGGCGGCGGCCUUCCUGGACUCCUCCCACAGCCUGUGGCACCAGCCGUUGGACGCGGUGGGCCGGGAGUGGCUGAGGACACGCUCUAGGAGGUGGGUUGAUGUCUUUAUAUAA